AUGUUCGGAGGUAGUAUGUUUGGGAACUAAAAUCCAACUUAAACAAGUGGAGGAAUAGGAGGUAUAUUAGGUAAUUUUGGGGCACCAACUGGUGUAUAAGGAGGACUAUUUCCAAAUACAGCUCCAUAAUAAGGUUUAUUUGGUUAAGUACAGGGAACACAAGGACAACCUGGUUUUGGUGGUUUAAUGGGAGGUUAGAUGCAAUAAGGAGGAUUAGGCGGAGGCCUUGGAGGUGGUCUUGGAGGAGGCCUCGGAGGAGGUCUAGGAGGUUAGCUUGGAGGUGGACUCGGACUUUAACAAUAAUAAUCAAGCACAUUUGGAGCGCCUGGCGGAUUAGGCUAACCCCCAGUAUUAGGAUAACAAGCACCUACUUUCGGUGGCUUAGGAGGAGGGUUAGGAACAGGAUUAGGUGGCUCACUUGGAACUGGAUUUGGAUAAUAGCCUGGAUUAUUAGGUUAAACAACUUAGCAAGGAGGAUUAUUUGGUUAAACUCCUUAAAGUGGAGGAGGACUAUUUGGAUAGUAAUAAUAAUAAUAAUAGCCAACCUUAUUUGGUUAAUAACCUUAAUAACCAUAACAGUAAGCAACAGGUUUAUUUGGUGCUCCAGCUCCUGCUGCUUAACCCUUUGGAUAACAAUAGGGAGGCUUAUUUGGAUAGACACCUUAAUAACCACAACAGACUGGAUUUGGAUUUGGAUAAUAAUAAACUGCUGCUCCUGGGACUUCUCUUUUUGGUUAAUAAUAACCUUAAUAAUAAGUUCAACCAGGUCUUGGAUUUGGAGGUGGAUUAGGACAAUAAGGGUAAGUUGGUAAUUAAAUCGUAUUGCCUGGAGGUGUUGAUGAUUCAGUUAAUGAUGCAAGUUUGGAAUAGAGAAUUAGAUUGGAAGAUUCAGUUUCAGCAAUAUGUUGGGGAACAACCAUACCUAAUUUCUUAGCUAUAUCUUCUUGGGAUGGUAAGGUCAGAAUAUUGGAGAUCCAACAAAACUCAUACAAAAGAGAAUUAUUUGAAAGAAGAUCCUUUUAGGUUGAUGGAGCAGUUGGAUAAGUAUAAAAUCCAAUAGUUUGUAUGGAUGCUAAGGGAGAUUUGUCUCAAAUAUUCGUAGGAUGUGGAUUUGAUCACACAGUCAGAGUUAUUGAUGUUAAUUCAGGCUAGAUGGUUUCAGUAGGACAACAUUAAGCAUUAAUAAUUUCUGUUUAUUGGAUAGAAUCAGCAUAAAUGAUAUUAUCAAUAUCUACAGAUUAAUCAUUAAAAAUGUGGGAUAUCAGAGCUCCAGGAUAACCAAGAUUUUAAUGUCAAUUCUAAUACAAACCAAUGGUAUCUGAUUGUAAUUUCCCAUUAUUGGUUAUUGGAUUUGCAUCUGAAAAAUUAACAAUCAUUAAUUUGAAUGAAUUGUAAUAGUUACCGGGUAGAUUUUAAUACAUUGAUUCACCAUUGGGAACCUAUUCACAAUUAACUUCAAUAGCAAUAUUUCCAGCAAGAGAUGGGUUUACUUUGGGAUCCAUUGAUGGUAGAGGACAUUAGACGAAUAUUACAACCAAAUCCACUCACGGAAUGCCUACUGAAUUUUCAUUAAAAUCAAUCAUGACUUUUAAAGCUCAUAAAGUUGAAGAUAAUCAAAAAGGAAAAAUUUAAAACUAUUUCUUUCCUGUUAAUUGCAUCCAAAUGAAUAUCAAAAACAACUACUUUUUAAUGACAGCUGGAGGAGAAGGUCAAAUGAUCUUUUGGGAUAUUAAUGUUAGAAAUAAAAUCAGAACAUUUUAAUUCAAUUGUAAUCCUAUUGUCUGUGCCAAAAUGAGUCCUGAUGGUUCCAUGCUAGCAUAUGCUUUAGGUAAUGAUUUUUCAAAAGGGCCUGAAUACUUCAAUGAAUUUUAACCAAAAAUAUUUGUUCAUUUUAUUCCAGAGAAUGAACUAAGAUAUCCUAAAUGA